UAGGUAACUAUAUAAAAAAAAUGAAACGAAGUAAGCCCACUCGAAAAAAGGGUCAGGCUGGUUCUUCUUCCGAAGACGUCAAGCUACCCAAAAUCCCGAAGAUUAAAAUGCCUGAGGAUUUUAAGAUAAGGACACAACCUUUAUUUUCACUUCCGGAAGAAAUAUUAAAAUUACCUCCAGCAACAAACAAAGCAAAGUCACAAUCCUCUAAAUUAGUUCUUAGGAGAAAUUCCAGCGUAAUGAAGAGUUUUACAGCUAUGAGGAAAGCAAGGGAGGAAUUUAGAGCAAAACUGAUGAAACUGAUUUGCCAAUCGGCUCCCGGGGAGGACGGAGAUGUGAUUCCUUCUGGUGAUGAGAAAAAUUUGUUACGUUAUUAUUAUUACUUACGUUACGGUAUCGACACAAUACACGUAGCACCACUCGAUAAUAAAAUAAUUUUGAGAGUUCAUAAUCUUAUAUCUCCAAAACUGAAGAAGUGGAAGGAAUGUCUAUUAACGGCCACUGAUGAAAUGCGCGAAGACUUUAUGAUGAGCAUGAAGAAAGCUAUAGUUGACUUUGUUCUUAAGGACCCUAAUACGGAAGAGUCCCUAGAAGAAGAAGAUACUCCUUUGAAACGAGAACUUGCAAUGAAAGAUGACGCUUGGAGGAAUCGUUAUGCAGUAGCUAAGAAGUACUUAAACAAGAACCUGCACAGCGUAAACCCUUGUAUAGCGCAAGUCCUACAGAUCUGGUGGAAGCAGUACAAUGAUUUGCGGUUAAUCAGCAUGAAAGAUAUAAUGACGAUACAUGAAGCGUACGAGCUGCAAGAUUUUUGUUUCGUGUGCAAACGGCAUAUUGAGACGGCGGGUAAUGUGCUCACCUUGCAGUGGUUACCUACACUACAAGCGGUCUUUCUCCAGGGUAGUAAAAGGAAACAGAUACCAGACCCAAAGCAAGUAUUAAAAAUGAAGCGCUUUUAUAAUUGUUUGGCUUGCAUUAUGACGUAUAAUUUGCAAUCAUUGUGUCUAAAGUCUAUGCAAGAGUUUACAGAAUAUAUUCUUGAUGUUGGGGGUAUGAAUCAAGGAUUUGUUAUCAACUUGGCAUUUAAAGAUGACACCAUUGGAUUUGAACCCUCGUUUAAGCAAUUUCGAGAUCAGCUUUGUCUGUUAUAUGAUUUCAUUAUAGAUGCUUGUAGACAAUCGCCGCGAUUGGAAACUUUAUUAUAUCAAGAUUUCGUUGUUACAAACAAAGCAACUUUAAGGCCAAUCAUUGAUAAUGAACUCAUUGAAGAUUAUAAAAAGAAAGUUGCCGAUUUGAUAAAUGAUCAGAGAAUUGGACCAGAACUUCGUGUGCAGGAUUUUGAUAAUUAUGUUUGUCUGUUGAAUGGAGAUUCACAAUCGCAAGUUGAAAGAUUUAUUAAUUCGGAUCCAGAGAAAACAUUUGAAGAGUUUUGUGAAGAAGCUGUUAAAUACGUAAAUGUAGCAAAAGAAAUUCCUUCUAAGCUAGAAGGGACUAUUGUAAUCGGUAUGUAUCGAAUGCAGAGGGGAGAUCUCAUCAAUUCAUUGCGUGGAGCUGCUACUAGACUUGCUAAUACUUUACUGAGAAGGAUGACAGAAGACUAUCAGAACAUGAUUAAAUCUAUAUAUGAUGAGUAUUCGAACAUUGCGAACACCCUACUGACUCCACCGCCUGACACGGCCGCCCUGAUGGUGCUGUUAGACUACUGCAAGAAAGUAGAAGCAAUACUCCUCGACGAGAUGGAGGAUAAGUUGCGGAAUGUGAUGAGAUAUAUCGUAUUCUUAAGCGACUACACGGUUUUCACACCACUGGAAAUGAAAGCAAAUAACCAAUCGUUUCACUGGUAUGCUCGUAUGCCUGGAAUUAUCGAGGAGUGUAAGGUUAUUUGUGAUCAGAAGAAAAUUGAGUAUCAAGAUUUAUUACAGGUGCGCAUUGCUAAAUUCAUCGAAGAUCUAGAUAUUUACGAAGCUCAAUGUGAUGAACUUCAAUACUGGGGUGAUAUCAAUGAAUUAUCCAAAUAUGUCACACGUGCGCGCCGUUUAGAUGAAAAGCUUGCAAACGCGUUAGUAAAAAUUGAUCAAUUUAACGAAGAAGAGACUGCUUUUGGGUGGGAAUUAUCACAAUAUCCUAAAAGAAAAACUGUUUAUGAUAAACUCGUGCCCUUUAAAAAGUUAUAUGACGCUGGAUAUGACUUUUUGGAGAAACAUAAUACCUGGAUGACGUCAAAGGUUGGAAGUUUUGAUCCUGAAGAUAUUGAAGGCGAUGUGAGUUAUUUUUACAAGAUUGUAUACAAGUUGGAGAAACAAUUCCAAGAUGUACCUGAUACUUUCCAACUUGCUCAAUCAGUGCGGGAGAAGAUGGAAGACUUUAAAACACACUUGCCAAUCAUCCAAACUCUAGGCAAUCCUGGUAUGAAAGCAAGGCAUUGGGAGAAAGUAUCAGAAAUCGUCGGCUUUCCUAUAGUCGUUGAUGACGAAUUGUCACUAGAAAAAGUUAUUGACUUUAAUUUGGUCGAUUAUAUAGACAAGUUCGAGAAUAUAUCAGAAGCAGCUACUAAGGAAAAUAACCUUGAAAAAGCUCUUGAUAAGAUGAUAAAAGAAUGGGCUGAAUUGAGAUUUGACAUUAUGCCUUAUAAGGAUACGGGGACCUACAUUCUAUCAAGUGUAGAUGAAAUACAAUUACUACUUGAUGAUCACAUCGUUAAAACGCAGACGAUGAAAAAUUCGCCGUAUAUUAAACCUUUUGAGGAUGUUAUCGUCGAUUGGGAAAGUAAGCUAAUACUGCUACAGGAAAUUCUAGAUGAAUGGCUAAAAGUUCAAGCAACUUGGAUGUAUCUAGAGCCAAUAUUUUCUUCUCCUGAUAUUCAGCAACAAAUUCCUGAGGAAGGUCGGAGAUUUAGUGCCGUUGACAAGAUGUGGCGUGAAAUAAUGAAGGCGGCUUACACUGAGCCAAAGGUGUUAGACGUUAUUACUAUUGAGAAAAUGUUGGACAGACUACGCAAGUCAAACAAUCUACUAGAAAUGGUGCAGCGAGGACUGAACGCGUAUCUUGAAAAGAAGCGUCUGUAUUUCCCGCGCUUCUUCUUCUUGUCCAAUGAUGAGUUACUCGAAAUACUGUCAGAAACUAAAGACCCUAUGCGUGUGCAGCCUCAUCUAAAGAAAUGUUUCGAAGGUAUUGCAAAGCUUAAUUUCACUGAAGAUUUAGUAGUAACACAUAUGAAAUCAUCAGAAGGAGAAGUUGUGGAACUCACGAUUACUAUAAAUACUGCGGCUGCUAGAGGACAAGUGGAGAAAUGGUUAUUAGAGCUGGAAGUAGCUAUGAAGGCUUCAGUGCAUCACGUUGUGGCUCUCUCUUACGACGAUUACUUACAACGACCACGAGAGCAAUGGGUGCUCAUUUGGCCUGGACAAGCUGUACAAUGCAUAGCGAUGACAUUUUGGACAUCCGAGGUAACAGAAGCUAUUCAUAUCAGUAUCCCAGCUAUGAGAGCAUACUGGGAUAAGUGCAACUACCAGAUAUCAAAAAUAGUUGACUUAGUAAGAGGCGAACUUAGUUUGCAAAAUCGAAUAACGCUUGGGGCACUGGUUGUGUUGGAUGUUCACGCUAGAGAUGUUCUCAUGGAGUUAAUUGAUUUCAAUGUACAACUCGACAAUGACUUUAACUGGCUUUCGCAAAUAAGAUAUUAUUGGGAAUUGCAAGAAGAAGACAACUCCAUGCAGAUUGCAACUCGUAUGAUUAAUUCCCAAUUAAUGUACGGCUACGAGUACCUCGGCAAUACUGGUAGACUAGUAGUGACCCCUCUUACUGAUAGAUGCUUCAGAACACUAUUUGGGGCGUUGCAUCUGAAUCUAGGUGGUGCCCCAGAAGGUCCAGCCGGCACUGGUAAAACAGAAACUACUAAAGAUCUAGCGAAGGCCGUUGCCAAGCAGUGCGUUGUGUUCAACUGUUCUGAUGGACUGGAUUAUCUUGCACUAGGAAAGUUCUUUAAGGGCUUAGCAUCAUGCGGUGCGUGGUCAUGUUUUGACGAGUUUAAUCGUAUUGAUCUCGAAGUACUCUCGGUAGUUGCACAACAAAUACUAUCUAUACAAAGGGGUAUUAAUUCUGGAGCAACCGAGCUAUUAUUCGAGGGAACCCUGCUGCAUUUGGAUAAGUCUUGCGCUGUCUUCAUUACUAUGAAUCCGGGUUAUGCUGGCAGAUCAGAAUUACCUGAUAAUUUGAAGGCUCUUUUCCGGUCGGUAGCUAUGAUGGUACCAGAUUACGUGCUGAUAUCUGAGAUCGAGUUGUAUGCGUUUGGGUACCUCAAUGCAAAACCACUCGCCGUCAAGAUUGUAGCCACUUAUAAGCUUUGCUCUGAGCAGCUCUCCUCUCAAAGUCACUAUGAUUAUGGAAUGCGCGCUGUAAAGUCUGUGUUGAGAGCAGCUGGUGCGUUGAAAUUGCGUUACCCGGAUGAAGUUGAGGAUGUUAUUUUAUUACGUUCCAUAAAAGACGUGAAUUUGCCCAAGUUUCUUGAACACGAUGUUCCACUCUUUAUGGGUAUUAUUGGAGACUUAUUCCCUGGACUACCUUUGCCUCAACCUGGACUUCCACAUUUGGUUUCGUGUUUGAAAGAAGUUUGUGUACCACUUAAUCUUCAAGCUAAUGAUUUCUUUAUUGAAAAGGUUCUUCAAUUAUAUGAAAUGAUUUUAGUAAGGCACGGUUUAAUGUUAGUCGGUUUUCCGUUUUCCGGUAAGACAAAAUGUUACCACGCCCUUGGACAUGCUUUGGGAUUAGUGUCUGAAAAGGGUUUAAUGGAAGAAAACGCCGUAGAGUGGACUGUGAUAAAUCCAAAGUCUAUAACGAUGGGCCAACUUUAUGGACAAUUCGAUCCAGUCUCUCACGAGUGGUCAGACGGAAUUCUUGCAGUCAGUUAUAGAGCUUUUGCAGUAUCGCCCAACGAUAACAGAAAAUGGCUUAUAUUUGAUGGGCCUGUAGAUGCAAUUUGGAUAGAGAACCUCAAUACAGUAUUGGAUGAUAAUAAGAAGUUGUGCUUGAUGAGCGGCGAAAUCAUCCAACUGGCGCCGACUACUAAUCUUAUCUUCGAACCCAUGGACCUUGAAGCUGCUUCACCGGCUACGGUGUCUCGUUGUGGUAUGAUCUACAUGGAGCCGAAGGGUCUUGGCUGGAAAUGUUUAUUAGAAUCUUGGCUAAAUACUUUACCUUCAACACUACAUGGCUUCAACCGUAAUUAUAUCCGCACAUUGUUCAAUCGAUUCAUGUCGCCAUUGCUUUGGCUGGUUGAACUCUCUGGAAAAGUAAAGCAAAUGUACAUAACAUCGCGCUCGAACUUGGUGAAGGCGUGUAUGAACCUUUUUGACUCCUUCAUGGAUGAUUUUUACGACGAAAAAUAUGUUGAGCAACUAUCAGAUCUCGAUAUAAGAGCUCAACUUGAGGGUGUAUUUUUUUUUUCGUGUAUUUGGUCAAUUGGGGCAACGUUAGAGAGUGAUGGCCGAGCAAAAUUUGAUAUGUUAUUCCGUGGUUUACUUGAAAAAGAUUUUCCUGAAAAGGUCAUAGAAAUUUUAGGGUAUCCGAAAGAAAUAACAAAACCAGAGAAACAGUACAUAUUUACAAUACCAAAAGAUGGAAUUGUUUAUGAUUAUCGCUUUAUAAAAGAAGGCAAAGGCAAAUGGAAGCCGUGGCAGGACGACGUAUCCGCGGCUCCACCUAUUAGUCGGGAUACUCCUCCCAAUCAAAUACUGGUGACGACUUUAGACAGUGUAAGGUACUUGGCACUAUUCAAACUGCUGGUUACACAUCAUAAAGCAGUGAUGAUGAUUGGACCUACUGGCACGGGAAAGUCUUCAUAUAUCAUUGAUUUUUUAGUUAAAAGAGUGGAUACAAAGAUAUAUAAAGCUCUAAUAAUGGCAUUCUCAGCUCAAACAAACUGCAAUCAAACGCAGGACAUUAUUAUGGGUAAACUGGAUAAAAGAAGAAAAGGUGUUUUCGGUCCUCCGAUCGGAUGCUACUGUGUGGUCUUCGUAGAUGACGUCAGCAUGCCUCAAGCAGAGACGUACGGAGCUCAGCCUCCAAUAGAAGUGCUGAGACAAGGCAUCGAUCUCGGUCUGUGGUACGACCGCAAGACUAAUGUCGCGAUGCAUCUAAUUGAUGUGCAAUUCAUGUGUGCGAUGGGAAAGCCCACGCCUGGUGCCAAGUUAGUAACGCCAAGAUUCUCGAGACAUUUUUCAUUCUUUUGCAUCGAUGAGUUUGACGACGAGACUCUUCAAGUUAUUUUCGGAAGAAUUAUGCUGUGGCAUUUAGAUACAAGAGGUUUUUCAAAAGACUUUGAUCCGUGUAUUGAAGAAAUAGUAUCGGCGACAUUAGAAGUAUACAAACAAUGCCGAUUAAACUUAUUGCCUACGCCGUCUAAAUCACACUACACCUUUAAUUUAAGAGAUUUUUCUAAAGUGAUAUUGGGUGUACUAUUGUCAGUACCAGAAGUAACACCUGAUCUUCAAUCUAUCAAGAGGUUAUGGAUUCACGAAUGUCUCCGAGUGUUCUCUGAUCGUUUGACGGAAGAUGCUGACCGUCACUGGCUUGUGAAGUGUUUGCGGGAAGCAACCCACCUUCAUUUAAACGAUGAGCUCGAUAAGCUGCUCGCGAGACUCCUUGAUGGACCAGAGGAUACCAUUACAGAUUUACAUCUACGGAAAUUAAUAUACUGUGACUUUGCCAAUCCAAAAGUGGAUACGCGCUUUUACAUGGAAACCACUAACAUGGAGCAUUUAAAUUCGACCGUGGAUGCUUACCUUGUGGAGUUUAAUAACAUGUCUAAAAAGCCUAUGAAUCUUGUGCUCUUUAGGUUCGCGAUCGAGCACGUGUCACGUGUGUGCCGCGUGCUAACACAGCCGCGCUCGCACGCAUUGCUGGUGGGUCUUGGCGGUUCUGGCCGGCAGUCGCUGACACGCCUCGCCGCGCACAUCAACGAGUACGACCUUUUCCAGGUAGAAAUGAGCCGAACUUAUGGUAAAAACGAAUGGCGUGAAGAUUUAAAGACUUUGUUACGUAAAUCUAGUACACCUGAUCUGCACAUGGUGUUCUUGUUUAUUGAGUCACAAAUCAAAGAAGAAGGGUUUUUAGAAGAUGUUAAUAACAUGUUAAAUUCCGGAGAAGUUCCGAAUAUUUUUGUUGCAGAUGAAAAGGCGGAGCUAUGUGAAAAGAUGCGAGUUAUCGAUCGUCAACGCGACAAAUCGCUGCAAACGGACGGCAGUCCGACGGCUCUUUACGCGUACUUUGUGUCGAUCGUACGCGACCAGCUCCACAUCGUACUGGCCAUGUCACCGGCGGGAACAUCGUUGCGCACGCGCAUACGGAAGUUUCCAUCGCUUGUGAACUGCUGCACUAUUGACUGGUUCCAGGAAUGGCCUCCGGAUGCAUUGCUCGCAGUAGCUACUCGCUUUUUAAAAGAUGUUGAAUUAACAGACCUUGAACGAGACACAGCCAUUAAGCUCUGUCAAUUGUUCCACACGGACACUCAAGAACUAACUAAACAAUUCCUCUUACGCUUGAAACGAUAUAAUUACGUUACGCCAACCGCUUAUCUAGAAUUAAUCAAUAUGUUUAAAGCAUUGUUAGGAAAGAAAAGAACAGAGUUGUUAACAAGUGAAAAACGAUACAUAACUGGGCUCGAUCAGCUAGCUACAGCUGCUAAAUCAGUUGCGGCACUGCAAGAAGCUCUGGAAGUCUUGCAACCAAAAUUAGCAGCUGGCGCUGCUGCGGUGGCAGAGACUACAGCUAAAGUGGAGAAGGAAAAAGAGGGAGUUGCAUUAGUAGAAGCUGAAGUAUUGGCCGAUCAAGCGGCAGCUGAAGAGCAGGCAAAAGAAGCUCAAGGCAUCAAAGACGAGUGCGAUGCUGAUCUCGCUGAGGCGAUGCCUAUCCUCAAUGCUGCUCUAGCAGCUCUGGACACUCUAACCCCUCAAGAUAUUACCUUCAUCAAGACCAUGAAGAGUCCACCCAGAGGCAUUAAGCUAGUUAUGGAAGCCAUUUGUAUUUUAAAAGAAGUAAAGGCAGACAAAAUUCCAAAUCCAUCAGGCGUUGGUACAAUAGAAGAUUACUGGGGUCCUUCAAAGAAGUUGCUGAAUGAUAUAAAGUUCUUAGAAUCGUUGCAGAACUACGAUAAGGACAACAUUCCUCCGCCUGUUAUGAAGAAACUCAUGACCACUGUUAUGCAAGAUGACGGCUUUGUGCCGGAGAAGAUUAGAGCUGUGUCAGUUGCAGCCGAAGGAAUGUGUAAGUGGGUGAUAGCAAUGACGAAGUACGAUAAGGUGGCAAAGGUGGUGGCGCCGAAGAAGCAGCGACUUGCGGCCGCGCAGGCGGUCUACGACAAGGCCAUGGCUGCACUUGCCGUCAAACAGGCGCAGCUAAAAGAAGUUCAAGACAAACUGGCAAAACUGGAGGAAGCACUAUCUGAACAGAAUCGUCAGCAAAGACUUCUCGACAAUGAAGUGAUGGACUGUAGCAAUAAGCUGAAGAGAGCAGAGAUGCUCAUCUCCGGACUUGGAGGAGAAAAGACGCGCUGGACGAUCAUCGCUAAGACACUACGAGAAACAUACAACUCACUCACUGGUGAUAUACUAAUUGCUGCUGGAAUCAUAGCGUAUUUAGGACCAUUCACAGCUGCAUUUAGAAAUGAACAAGUAAAGAAGUGGGCACACGAGUGUCAUGAGUGUGGCAUUGUGUGCACUCUGAACUACAGCCUGAUCAAAUCGCUGGGUGAACCCGUUACCAUCCAGCAGUGGAACAUUGACGGUUUACCGGCGGAUGACUUUAGCAUAGAGAGUGCUAUUAUUAUCAUGACCGCACGACGUUGGCCACUUAUGAUAGAUCCACAGGGUCAAGCUAAUCGUUGGAUCAAAAACAUGGAGAAACCAAACAACUUGAGCGUGGUGCGCAUGACCCAGGCCGAUCUCGGUCGCAUUUUGGAAAACGCUGUGCAAUUUGGACAACCGGUUCUAUUGGAAAACGUACUAGAAGAAUUAGAUCCAAUGUUAGAGCCACUACUACAGCAACAGACGUUCAGACAAGGCGGAGCACUAUGUAUAAAAAUUGGAGAUACAAUCGUUGAAUAUAGCAAAGAUUUUAAACUCUACAUUAGUACGAAAUUGGCGAACCCCCACUAUUUGCCGGAAGUUGGCGUUCGUGUCACGUUGGUCAACUUUAUGCUGGCUAAAGAUGGAUUAGAAGCACAGCUUCUAGCGAGAGUUGUGGCUCGGGAAAGGCCAGAUUUACAGCAAGCCAAGGCGGACCUUACAACUCAAGGUGCUGAGCAUCGCCGUUUGCUUCAGGAUAUAGAAAAGAAAAUUCUUAAUGUGCUGUCUACUUCAGAACAUUUACUAGAAGAUGAAGAAGCAGUUCAGAUUUUAAAUUCAGCUAAAGACAUGGCUAAUGAGAUUAAAGAGAAACAGGAAGUAGCUAUGGUUACUGAGAAAGCCAUCGACGAAGCCAGAAACGAUUACAUUCCGAUUGCAGUUCAUUCAACAAACUUAUUUUUCUUAAUCGCGUCUCUGGCGAAUAUCGAUCCCAUGUACCAGUACUCUCUGGGAUGGUUCGAAGGAUUGUUUACGGCGUCUAUCGACAACACCGAAAAGGUGGAAGAGAUUCCUGAAAGGCUUGCAAUCCUGCGAGCACACUUUACCUACUCGUUGUAUGCAAACAUCUGCAGGAGUCUAUUUGAAAAAGAUAAACUGGUGUUUUCGCUGCUUCUCACUGUGACGAUAAUGGUGGCCGAGGAAAAACUGCUUCAGUCAAACAUAAUGUUCCUGCUGGCCGGCGCUCAGCCGCGUCACGUACCUCCCAACCCUGUAUCGUUCCUCAGCCCACAGGCCUGGGCAGAAUUUAAUGGGCUUAAUGAAAUCAAUACGUUCCAUGGUAUAGUGGAACAUUUUACUAAGCAUCUGAAUCAAUGGGAAGCGUAUUGCGACACAAACGAUCCCCAAAACCAACCCUUGCCUGCGCCGUGGAAUACGAAUCUCGAUAUGUUUGAGAAAAUGAUGGUGCUGCGUUGUAUGCGCUUGGAUAUGAUGGUACCCGCUGUUCAAAACUUCGUUGAAGCGCAAAUGGGUCGUCAGUUUGUAGAGCCACCUCUGUUUGAUUUAGCUUCGUCUUACGCGGAUUCACAUUGCUGUAUUCCACUUUUGUUCGUUCUAACGCCCGGCUCGGACCCCAUGGGCACAUUACUCAAGUUUGCUGACGAUCAGGGCUUCGGAUCUUCUCGUUUGUUCUCUCUAUCGCUUGGACAAGGCCAAGGACCAAUUGCAGUGAAAUUGAUCGAAGAAGGCGUCCGUAGUGGUACUUGGGUGGUAUUGCAAAACUGUCACUUAGCUAAGAGCUGGAUGCCAAUGUUGGAAAAGAUUUGCGAAGGUCUGACGCCAGAUUCAACACACCCGGACUUCAGGUUGUGGUUAACAUCCUACCCAGCGGAUCAUUUCCCUGUAUAUGUUCUUCAAAAUGGUGUUAAGAUGACUAAUGAACCACCUCAAGGUUUGCGAGCCAACAUUGCACGUUCCUAUCAAAGCGACCCGAUCAACGAUCUAGAAUGGUUUGAGGGUAACAAGCAAACGGACAUAUUCAAGAAACUUCUAUUCGCGUUGUGUUUCUUCCACGCCGUGGUUCAAGAGCGUCGGCAGUUUGGUCCCCUCGGCUGGAACAUCAGAUACGAGUUCAAUGAAACCGAUCUCCGCAUCAGUGUGACACAGCUCUAUAUGUUCCUGAACGAAUAUGAAGACGUGCAGUUCGUGGCACUGCGCUACCUGACAGGUGAGUGUAACUACGGCGGGCGCGUGACGGACGACUGGGACCGGCGCUGUCUCAACACCAUCUUAUACAAGUUCUACAACCCGCGCGCCAUCGACGAAGACAUGUAUCCACUUGAAUCCACAGGUACAUACUACAUACCAUCACUCCGCGAGCAUUCCGACUUCAUUUCAUUCGCUCGUUCUCUUCCUGUGGCGACUCCACCCAGUGUGUUCGGCUUCCACUCCAAUGCUGACAUCACCAAGCACUUCCGGGAAGCCGAAGAUCUGCUCACCACAGCGUUGCUCACACAGGACCGUCUGAAACAAUAUUUGGAUACAAUGGCCGCUGGCGGUGGUGGUGCAACACCAGAACAACAAGCGAUGGCAAUAGCUGAUGACAUCUUAGCUCGACUACCUAACAAGAUUCUAACGGGUCCGUCGCACGAAGGGGAUAUCAAGCCCGCGGACAUGACGCCUAUGUCCAUUGUCGUCAUACAGGAGGCGGCGAGAUAUGAUCGACUGGUCAGUGUAGUAAGGUCGAGCUCCAGAGCUGUAAUUGGAGCUGUCCAAGGAGUUAGCGUUCUUACGGAUAUAACCGAGGAAGUACUUACGAGCAUGGUCCGUGGUCGCAUCCCGGCGCUGUGGGCCGGCAAGAGCUAUCCGUCGCUCAAGCCUCUUGCCGCAUAUUUUAGUGACCUACUGGCCAGACUUGAGUUUUUACAGCACUGGCAUCAAUACGGACCGCCGGUGGUGUUCUGGCUUUCGGGUUUCUAUUUUCCCCAAGCGUUCCUCACGGCAGCACAGCAGAGCUACGCGCGCAAGUACCGUAUACCCAUCGACCAGCUCGCCUUCCACUAUGAGGUCCAGCGCACCUUCACCCUGGAGACGCCCCCAGAGGAAGGCGUAUAUAUCCGUGGUCUGUUCAUGGAAGGCGCGCGCUGGAACAUGGAGGACUACAUCGUCGACGAGUCCUGCCCUAAAGUUCUGUACGACGAGUUUCCACCGGUAUGGUUGAUCCCUCUGAAACGCGAGGAUAUACCGACGGACGUUUUUUACAACUGUCCGCUGUAUAAGACGGGUGACCGGCGCGGUGUUCUCUCGACCACAGGACAUUCCACCAACUACAUCCUUUUCAUGAGGCUGCCCACCGCGCAGCCGCCGGACCACUGGAUAAUGAGAGGUGUGGCUCUUCUAACACAGCUGCCAUUCUGAGCUGUUUCAUGACUAGAAAAAGCGAGGCAGCUGAAGAACCGAUGUAUAACCUGUUUUGAUAUGAAGAAGUGCGUAGUGGGUACAAAGCUCGACGGUAAAAAAAAAUCAUGACAACAAAACAAAAAAUGUAUGUUUAAAGACAUUUUGUUACAUUGCUGUUGUCAUAAAGUCAAUAUUUUAUUUUUCCUUUAUUGGUUGACAUAUGUCUCUUUAGGUUAGAGUUCAGUGCGACAUGACAAUUUUCAAGUAAAAUAUGUCAUUUCGAACAUUUUUUAUUAAAGUAAAAGAAAGUUUUUCUUUUUUUAAUAACCUGUACCUAUUUAGUGGUGUGUAGGCGUAGUGUAAGUUAAUUCUUCUGUAUCUUAAUUCCAAAGAGAAGAGGCUUUAUUUUAUUUUUCUAAGCUUUGCAAACCUAUGUACAUAUAUACUAAAAUAACACUAUGUCAUUUACAUCAUGUUGGACCUAGUCAAUUUUUUUCUAAAUCAAUCAUAUAUUUUCCGUCCUAUGGAAGACAAAUCAAAUAUAUCUGACCUAGAUUAACAAAGGGAGAAGAUACUAAAAAUAUUCUGCCCACGCCUUAUACCGGCCACUAUAUAAAUUAAAAUUUCAUGGACAUUGCUAGGUGCAGAACUGAAAUUUCUGUAAAUAUAUAUCACCUAUGAAUAGUGCAUGGUAUA